AUGGAAGAAAAAAAAAAAGAAUUACAAAAAAUAUUAGUAAAUUCAUUAGAAUUACAAAGAAAAGUUAAAGUUUUAUUUUCAAGUAAUCCACCAAAUUUAGUCGAUGAUGUUAAAAAUAUUUUAGGUCAAUUAAAAGAAUGCUCAAAACAAUCAAGUAAACUCUGCGACGAGUUGCAACAUGACCAUGGCAAAGCAUUAACAUCAAUGUUAAAUUGUUUUAUAGAUUGGAACGAAUUAAUUUUAAAAUAUGUAAAUAAUAGCAACAGUAACAAUACAAAAGAAAUAUUAAAAGAAGAAUCAGAACCAAUCGAAAAGCGUUUAUUUGAUAUUAGAAAGAUUGCACAAUCGUUUAAAGAUGCCUCAUUAGAUGCCAGAGCUAUGGAAUUACUAGCAAAUAUUUACAGUAAAACUAAUCAAAUCGAUAAAGAAAUCAAUAUUUUAGAAAGAGCCGUAGCAAUGGAAAAGACACCACCAAGAUCCAUUGCUUUAUUUGACUCAUAUUUAAGAAAAUUAGAAUUUACUUAUCAAGAUCGUGAUAGAAUCUAUCAAUUAAAUAAUAAAGAUAAAGAAAACCAAUCACAACAACCAAAACAACAACAACAACAACCACAACCAAACGAACCAAAACCAGACGAUGAUAAUGGAUUUAUGAAAUUGCACGCCGAUGCAUGGGAAAUUUAUUUAUGGUUAAAGAGUAUGCCAGGUUUUCCAAGAGAUCAAUUUUUAUUACAAAGAAAAGCAUCAAUGUUCAAACUCUGUAUUUAUAUAGGUUCAUUAGCAAAUCCAUUAAUUUCUGCUAAAGAUAAAGAUAUUGUAUCUAUUGCAAUGGAAGCAUUUGACGAAGCACUUCACUUGGCCGAUAUUACCCAAAACAAAGAAUACUUUUGCGCUGCUACUGCUCACAAGUCAUCUGUAGUCUAUCGUACUCUUCCUGAAGAUGAACGUGAUAAACUUUUAAAGAGUUUAAAAGAAGUCGAAGAAAGAAUGAAACCUGAAAACAGUGAAAUCAGAGACUUGAUCAAUUCAAUCGAAAAUAAAAAUCCAUCAUUACACCCCGAAUUAAAAGAAAAAGAAGAUAAAGAAAAACAAGAGAAAGAGCAACAAGAAAAAGAACAAAAAUAA